AUGCUUCGUAUUCUUUCAGCACCACCACUGCGUGGUAGUCUCAUUGAUAUUUCACCCCGCACUGAAUGGGUCAAGAACGGUGUUACUGUGGUUGGCGGAAAUGGACCAGGUACGAGAAACGAUCAACUUUGUGAACCACAUGGACUUUAUAUUGAUGAAGAUAACACUAUCUUCGUCGCUGAUACUGCGAAUCACCGUAUCGUGGCAUGGAAGUAUGGUGAAACGAAUGGUGUCGUAGUAGCUGGCGGAAAUGGAGAAGGAGACCGAAACGAUCAGCUGAAUCGCCCAACAGAUAUGAUUGCACACAAAGCGAGUAAUAGUCUCAUUAUCUGCGACAGAAACAAUCGACGAGUGAUGCAAUGGCCUCGUCAUGGUGGCACGACUGGAAAAAUAAUCAUCUCGGGAUUCGACUGUUACAGCUUGACGAUGAACAAUCAGGGAUUUCUUUAUGUCUCUUCACCUGCUGAGAAUCUUAUUCGACGAUUUCGACUGGAUGAGAGUCAUGUGACAGUAGUGGCAGGUGGGAAUGGAAAAGGUGAUGGCCUUCAUCAACUCCAUUUGCCUUACUACAUCUUUGUCGACCGAGAUAAUUCAUUGUACGUAUCGGACGAACAAAAUCAUCGUGUGAUGAAGUGGGCGGAGGGUGAGUCAAAAGGUAGUGUCGUGGCUGGUGAUCAAGGUUAUGGAAGUGAUCUGAAACAAUUGUGUGGCCCUCAAGGAGUGGUUGCCGAUCGGUGCGGCACUGUCUAUGUGGCAGAGCUUUGGAAUCAUCGAAUAAUGCGUUGGCCCAAAGAUGCAACACGGGGAAGUAUCCUGGCAGGUGGAAAUGGCGAAGGAGAACAAGCGAAUCAACUGAAUAAUCCAGAGGGCUUAUCAUUUGAUCGAUACGGCAACCUGUAUGUCGUCGACCGAUUAAACAAUCGUGUUCAAAGAUAUAAUAUCGACAAGAGUCACGAACAACAAUGA